AACUAUUCUUCCUUGUUCUUAAAUGUCAUAAGUAUUUGUGCGAAAUUUGACAACAAAAUGACAGAAAAAAGAUUUUAUAGAAGCUUAUUACUGCUACAGUUAAUGCGAGCAUGUUACUGUUUUGUCAAUGGUAGUGUUACAUUGUUACCCUCUCCUGCUGUAGCCGACCAGGGGGAAUCCUUUACAUUUACAUGUUCAUACAAUGGUAAUAAUACCGUAGUUGGAUUUAUGUGGUUAUUGAAUGGAAACACGCUCGCCAUUGUUAUGAUACCAGCAUGUACAACAUUUAACCCACCAGGACCUCCUGAUACCACACGUUAUGAAUACGCCUGUCCUUCUAGCAGACAUUCAUCAUUUACUAUUAAACACUAUUUAAAUAGAACCAACGGUGAUACAUGGCAAUGUGCAGUUGCGGCUCCAGGUUAUAUAUUCAGCAAUAAUGUGACAAUAAUUGAGCGAGUUGAUGUAACUAGUAUAAGCUUACAGUCAUCACAAGGGUCCAUAAUAGAGAACAUUGCAACAAAUUUAACAUGUGAGACAUCCACAGGACAGCCAGCAGCAAAUAUAACGUGGUAUAAAAAGUCUAGGCUCGGUGAAAUACUGGUAUUAACAAAUAACGUCUCAUUUACAACAGAGGUUGUAGGCCAGCUAGAAAGGUCAACCAGUGCUAUAUCAUAUAUACCAUUGAAGACAGAUAAUGGUUCUCAUAUUUAUUGUAAUGCUGUUAACAAUCCUCGUAGUUCACCACUUCAGUCAGAUUCAUUUGAGCUAAAUAUCCUUUAUUCUCCAGAUGGCCCUCCAGUUAUACAAGGCUUUACUAACGGCAGUACAUACAAAGUGAUAGAAAAUAAUCAAGGCUCGCUGUCAUGUUAUAUAGGGGAAAGCAAUCCUGAAGCAACUUUAAUGUGGAAUUGCUUCGAUAACGGGUCGUCAACAACAAGUGAAGCGAAUACCACAAAGACAGUAACCUGGAAUGCAACACGAGGUUUAGAUUCUUACUGUGCGUGUCAAUCUUCACAUCUGUUAGCUGAGAAUCAGACAGUUUACAUAACUGUACAGGUUUUAUAUCCACCAAAGAUUAAAGACUGCAAGCUUCGUUACAACGCUUCUUCCACUAGUGUAGCUGUUAAUAGCACUAUUGGUAUAAAAGAAAACAGCUCAUUUACAUUAACGUGUGAAGUUGAUGGUAAGCCAGCGGCAACGACGUCUUGGUCUGGACAUGUUUCUUCAACCUCCAACAUACUAGUUGUAGAUGAAGUAAAAAGACAACAAGGUGGAACAUACACAAUAUUUGCAACCAACAGAAUGGAACCAACAUUUGGAGGGCCAACAACUGGGAAUGAUACAAAAAGCUUCAAUUUCAAUUUAUUAUAUGCGCCAACGGUACGAAUGACCGAUAAAGACAUUGUUGAGGGAGCUAACCUGACCUUACCGUGUCCUGUAACAAAAGGAAAUCCUACUGAUACAAGAUUCAAAUGGAUAAGGGAUGGUGAUAACAGAACAUGGGAUAAACAAACAUUGUACAUACAGAAUGUUACCAAGUAUGAUGACAUGAUGUAUAAAUGUACCGUGCAAAACAUACUGAGACAAAGUGGAAGUGUAGAAGAACUUGGAAUAAAUAGUGGAUCUUUUCACCUAAAUGUCCUGUAUAUGUCAACGAUACGCUCAUUUUCUGUAAAAGGGGCUCUGGUCUCAAUGUCAGCUGUAACAGUAAAUGAGUCCGAAGAUCUUAUAUUUGAAUGUACGGUAGACAGUAAUCCAAGCUCUAAUAUUGACAUACAAUAUAAGGACAAAGUUAUCUUUAGACAGAACAAUAUACACACUCUGUUAUAA